AUAGAUAAGAGGGAGCGCGAGCUGAUCCACAAACGCUUCUCCGUCGAAGCUACAGCUGCGACAGGACCAUAUCCUACCGGAGGGGUUUUAACACUCAGUUGUUCGGAGCUAGCUUUGUAGCAAACGUGUGUGUGGCAUACGGUUCACAAACAUGUGGAAGGCAGCAGCUGGACAGUCAGUCAAUGUGUCUGUAGACGAUGGAGGCGACGACUGGGAGACUGACCCCGACUUUGAGAAUGAUGUGUCUGAGAAGGAGCAGCGCUGGGGAGCCAAGACGGUGGCUGGCUCAGGCCAUCAGGAGCACAUAGAUAUACACCGUCUGCGUGAGACUGUUUCUACGGAGCAUACCAAGCUGAAGCAGAAGGAGUUGGAGAACAUGCCCAAAGCCUCGCAUGGCUAUGGAGGGAAAUUUGGAGUGCAGCAAGAUCGAAUGGACAAGUCUGCUGUUGGACACGACUACCAGAGCAAACUGUCCAAGCACUGCUCCCAGGUUGACACCUCUAAGGGCUUUGGAGGGAAGUUUGGCGUGCAGGCUGACCGCGUUGACCAGUCAGCUGUUGGGUUUGAGUAUGCUGGAAAGACGGAGAAGCACGCGUCACAGAAAGACUACGCCACAGGGUUUGGGGGGCGAUACGGAGUGCAGGCUGAUCGAGUCGACCAGAGUGCCGUGGGCUUCGAUUACCAAGGCAAAACCGAGAAACACGAGUCCCAGAAAGAUUAUGCCAAGGGCUUUGGAGGCAAGUUUGGCGUUGAGAUGGACAAGGUGGACAAGAGUGCCGUGGGCUUCGAGUAUCAAGGCAAAACGGAGAGGCACGAAUCCCAGAAAGACUACGUGAAGGGCUUUGGGGGCAAAUUCGGUGUGCAGACUGACAGACAGGACAAAUCGGCUCUGGGAUGGGACCACCAGGAGAAACUGCAGCUCCACGAGUCCCAGAAAGAUUAUUCUAAAGGCUUUGGAGGGAAGUUUGGUGUCCAGAAUGAUCGCAUGGAUAAGAGCGCGAGCACAUUCGAGGAUGUGGAGAAGCUGACUCCAGCUUACCAGAAAACCAAACCUGUGGAGGCCGGUGCCAGCAGCACAGGAAGCAUCAAGGCCCGCUUUGAGAACAUCGCCAAGCAGAAUGAGGAGGAGGACAGAAAGAGGGCUGAGGAGGAGCGGCUGCGUCGUCAGGCCAAGGAGCAGCAAGAGCAGGAGGCAGCACGCCGCCAAAUUGAAGAGACUCCCAAAGCCCCGUCUCCUGUCCCUGCUGCAAGUCCCAGUCCGACCCCAAGCCCGACUCCAGCGGUUCAACCAGUUAGAAGCCACGGGAACACGGAGGAGGAGGAGGCCUACGACACCGCUGAGAAUGGAGGGCAGCUGUAUGAGGCAGAGCCACAGAGCCACUACACACCGCACGAUGAUCUGUACCAGACCCCCAAGGAGUCUGCAGCAGAAGACACGCAGCAGUACGACUACGGGGAGGACCUCGGGGUGACGGCUGUGGCCCUAUAUGACUAUCAAGGUAGAAGAAAACGUCUGGCUCCUGAAGCCGUCCCCAUCCUUCUGCACACUAUAAAGGAGGAACAGAGAGAUUUGGAGAUGCCUUCUACUGAUGUUCAUGCUCCAGUGCCUCUGCAAGACACACCCCCAUAUGAACAGGUCGUGGCAAUGUUUAACAAGCUGCUGGCAGAGAAGGAUGAGAAAAUCAAGGAUCUGAAAAGCAUCCUGCAGAGAGAGAGGGCCAGAAUGCGGCUGAUGAAGUUCCGUAUGAACAGCAAAAUCAGAGAACUGAAAAGAAAACUUGAACAGCAGCAGAACAGUAGCGGUGACCAAGAUGGCUGCGUUGACUUUGGACCUGAUACAACAAAGUGGACUAACCACUACCCACACCAGCAGAUGGCAUAG